AUGGCUUCCGUUCACGCUUCGUCGUCCAGCCGUCAGAGCAGCGCUAUGCGUCGUCAUCCAAUGAGCUUGAUCCCCAAGCUGUGCCACGAUCCCGCGCUGUUGGACAUGAUCAAGAUGCCCGUGUCUAGGGACAUGGUCGGUGAGUCAUUCCUUUACUGCACGAAUGGUAGUGCGGCGCAGCAUGACUGACACGCACAUGCACCUUCUCACCAAAGUAUAUCUUGCUUGCAAAGCCGCCCACGUCAUCCAAUGUGGCACUACAUCAGGCCUCGACACACCACCCGCUACACCUACAAAGUCGCUGGCGGAAGCAGAGCAGGAUCCAGCGGGCAGAGCAGAGGUCAAUGGCUUGCCUUCGUUGGAGACAUUCAUCGCAUACCUGGUAGAAAAGAGCAACGUGCAGGCUCCCACCCUGCUCACCACGCUCGUCUACCUCGACCGUCUCAAGUCCAGACUGCCACAGGUUGCAAAGGGUGAGCCUCACCUUGCUCGCAGCCUUACCAGCGUCCAGGCGCCGCGACUGACCGUUGCGCUUCUCCUGUUUACCGUCACAGGCAUGCACUGCACUCGUCACCGUGUCUUCUUGGCCACCCUCAUCGUGGCAGCCAAGUACCUCAACGAUUCCUCGCCCAGAAACAAGCAUUGGACCAAAUAUUGCAGUCUCUUUGCGCUUGACGAGGUCAACCUCAUGGAGAAGCAGCUUCUGUACCUGCUGGAUUACGAUCUGCGCGUCAACGAGGACGAGCUUCUUGAGCACUUUUCUCCUUUCCUCGUCGACCAUGCAGAGGACCGUGCUACGCGCGGUCGCCGUCAAAUGGCUCUCCGCAGCUGCGAGGCCGGGCGAGAGUGCGAACGCUACGAGCGCGCGAGUCAGCGCCGCGUCUACUUGCGUGCAUUGCCUGCAGAGGAGGUUCCUUGCUGGAACGCGCACAAGACCGUCCGCGCGCCGUCGUCUGUCGCUCCUUCCAUGGGACGACCACCCACCAACGCUCCACCGUCCCCAGUCUCGCCUGCGCCGAUUGCCCAACGCCGCACUGCCAGCGCCAUGA